AUGGCUGAGAUGAAUGACAAAGAAAAGGCGGAGCACCAGAAGCUUCUUAAUUGGGUGUAUAAAGAAUUCGCAGCCGCUGCAGUUGUUAUAGGCGUGGUUUACUACGCAGUCAGCCUGAUUCCUCUCGACGUAGAGACAGUCCAAACUCCGUGUGACCGCUUGGUGUUUGCCCUCAGGUGGCUCUUUAUCUCGUCACUUCCGAUAGUAUUCGCAAUAUUUGGUGUCCUAGACGUUAGAGGGAAUACGAAAGCCAUUGAUCCAAUAAAAGGAGGUGCGGAAAACCUCGUGGAACUUCCUAACCGGAUUCUACGAAACACCAUUGAACAGUUUUCCUUGCACGCGGUGGGUGUGUUGGCGUUGACAACAUAUUUGGAUGAGAGGUCAAUGUCCAACAUCCGGGCUCUAGUGGCGCUCUUCUUCCUUGGUCGUAUCCUCUUCGCGAUGGGAUACAAAUCGUCGCCUAGUAAUCGAGGUUUUGGAUUUGCUAUUACUUUUAUGCCAACAUUAGUGACUUAUGGAUAUGUCUUAUAUAAGUUUGUAACAACAUACAUUCUGGGAUUCUAG